UAUAUUCCAGGCGGAUGGCGCAGUCCAGCUCGCCUCUGAUUGGUCGCUUUCGGGAAGAGGAAAUAAAACAUUGAUGGUUCCUGUUCUGCUUGUGGAUGCUCUAGUUCCUGUGUGCGAACAGCGCUUUGGCGAAUAACUCCCGUGUUUUUCUGAGGAGGGGGGAACCAACAUCUGCCAACAUGUCGAGCAAAAGGGCCAAGGGGAAGAACACCAAGAAGCGUCCUCAGCGCGCCACCUCCAAUGUGUUCGCCAUGUUCGACCAGUCCCAAAUACAGGAGUUCAAGGAGGCUUUCAACAUGAUCGACCAAAACAGAGACGGUUUCAUCGACAAAGAAGAUCUUCAUGACAUGCUGGCCUCCUUAGGCAAGAACCCCACGGACGAUUACCUGGAGAUCAUGAUGAACGAGGCGCCAGGUCCAAUCAACUUCACCAUGUUUCUGACCAUGUUUGGAGAGAAGCUGAACGGCACAGAUCCUGAGGAUGUGAUCCGUAAUGCUUUUGCCUGCUUCGACGAGGAAGGCACAGGUGAGGGCGUGAUCCAGGAGGAGUACCUUCGUGAGCUGCUCACCACGAUGGGGGACAGGUUUUCGGACGAAGAAGUGGACGAGCUCUUUCGCGAGGCCCCCAUUGACAAGAAGGGCAAUUUCAACUAUGUGACUUUCACGCGCAUUUUAAAGCACGGUGCAAAGGACAAAGACGAUUAGCGAUAAGAGGUGUCGCUGGCUGAGGUCUGUUCUAUACAUCCUGUGUAUUGUUAAUGGUAAGAACAGCAGCGUCCUGUAAUUUUGGCUCAUGUCAAAGCUUAACUGUGGCAUAGGCUACUGAAGGUCAUUCGUUUAAGCUGCUUUUUCGAAAAAGUACCUCUGGACCAACAUCUCAACCCUACUCUUUAAGCUCAUUUGCACAUCUGUGAUAACACCACGAAGGGUCUGUGUAAGAUGGUAACAAUGUAUGUGAAGACCCUCUGGAUAAAGCUGGAAAUAAACUCAAAUGUCUUCAAGUGGAA